AUCAGUUGUAAAGUUUACAACACCACCGUUUUUUCAUGAGCUCUCUAAGCUCAGAGAGUAUAUAUAUAGAGGCCCACAACGGAUAGAGAUUAUCGUUGUUGAAAAAAUUUGUAGAAUUUUCAUUUCGAACCUUUUUUUUUUCUUCUUCUUUUUGAGCGAUACGAAUUUUGAUAACGAUGGUUACGGCGCCGGAAAAUUCCGAUUCUACUCCGGCUCCUACUCCUCCGCCGGCGUCAGUUCCUGCUGGAGUUCCGAGCGAGGCUGUGGAGGAUAAGGAAAAAGCUAUGGUUACAGUGCCUAUCGUUAAUAAAACUAAAGAAGAUCCUGUACCAAAGAAGGCUUCCGGUGGAUCUAUUGAUAGGGAUAUUGCUCUUGCCGAGGUUGAAAAGGAGAAAAGGUUCUCCUUCAUCAAGGCCUGGGAAGAUAGUGAAAAAUCCAAGGCUGAGAAUAAGGCACAAAAGAAGCUCUCUUCUGUAUUGGCAUGGGAGAACAGCAAAAAAGCCAACCUGGAAGCCAAGUUGAAAAAAAUUGAGGAAGAUUUGGAGAAGAAGAAGGCUGAAUAUGGAGAAAAGAUGAAGAACAAAGUGGCUUUGAUACACAAAGAAGCAGAAGAGAAAAAGGCCACAGUGGAAGCACAAAGGUCAGAGGAAUUGCUAAAGGCAGAGGAAACAGCAGCAAAAUUCCGAGCAACUGGAACCAUUCCAAAGAAAUUUUUGGGAUGUUUUUGAUGAGAGGUUUCAUUAAAUUUAUUACGAAGCUUUUGUGUUGUUAUUGUUGAUGUUACGUACGUAUGUUUAUUCAUAUAAGUAAUGUGUCAUUGUCCUAAUGUAUUAUGUUUAUUUUGUAAAUGUUGGUGCCCUCUGGUUGUUGUGGCCUUGUUUGUUGUGUUUUGGCCAACAAAUCUUCAACUGUUUAUUAUUAUUUUUUUGGUUUUUGUUUGUAUAAAAUGUGAGAGAGAGUGUGGUCCUUUGUCA